AUGUGUCAAAAUAGGCUGAAGCGAUUGGAGUUCGAGAGGAUUUACAAUGAGAGAUUGAAAAGAGCGCUGCACAGCCCCAGAUCCAGUGAGACCCGACUCUCCAGGUCAUUCGACGUGUACACAAAAAAAAUGGGCGACAUUUUCCCAAUUAACGACGAAAAAUACCCGGAAUUGACGAUUCAAAUGUUCUUCGAGUUUAUGAGAACCGCUUAUCAAGUGAACGACAGUUUCGACGAGUUGUCGACGAUUUUAUCGACAAAUUCGGAGUUGAAUUGGACGGAACUGGCGAAAAUUGAUUUGAAUAUUCGGUCGCCUAAUGAGAAGAACCCUUUACAUUUAAAAAACUAUUCAUUAUUGUCCGCUCCUGUUGACCAUUUCCUCCGAUUUCAGGAAAUUAACGAAAUAAUCCCCAACAAUGCGCAAACCCAGGACCCUGAGGAUUUUCAUGAAAAGAACAGGCCAAUGGACCAGAACUCCAACAACAGCAUGAAAUCCCCGGAGAGUGUUUCAUCGACGAAGAAGAAUAAAACUCACAGGCACGAGGUUUCGACUGAGAACAGGGAGCACCCCCUGGGGAAGUUGAUGAAGAAGAGCCUCAGCGAUGUCUUGCACGAGGGCUUGCUGGACUCCGUGCUGCCUUACAUGCUGCCGAAGCCCGCAGUGUCUCAGCCAAUCAUCAAGAAACCGGUGACGAGUGAAGCCAAGAGAACAGCUUCACUCACUGCGAAUAUCGAGAAGUCUAUGACUUCGACGCACAAGGAGAAGGAAAAAGACAGAAAUAAAGUUCACAGGAAGUCGCUUGAGACUGAAGUGGAAAUUCACGUCUGCGACGAAGCGAAGAACGUGAAGAAAGACUUUCGCUGCCCGCAGAAGCUGCUGAUCCAGAAGAUGUGUUACUUCGCUGACGUGACUGCGGGCCAGAAACUCGAGGAGAUGGACAUCUCCGUCCACUGUGAUAUCGUCAUCUUCGACUGGCUGAUGAGAUGGGUCAAGAAGGACAUCAUUAAAAAAUCAGAGUGGCCGGUACUCGAGGCCAGUAACGUCAUACCAAUCACGGUGUCAGCCUCGUUCCUCCAGAUGGAACCUCUCCUGGACCAGUGCCUCGUCUUUUGCCACGAGAAUAUGUCGGAAGUGUUAAAAACGUCGACAAUCCUCACGUGUCUGAAUGACAACAUCUUCUCCAGAUUAGCUGAUCUAUUUACGAAUAUGGACGUAGAGAUAUUGAAAGAUAAGAAGGACAAAGUUCAGAGCAGACUCUUCUGCAAAUUGAUCAUGUCCCUGGCAGAUCCGAUCCCGGAUACACGAAGGGGUCACUACAGUUCGUUAUCAACUCUCUUCAAAUGCGGAAAAUGUGGGAAAAAUGUCAUUCGCUCCAUUUCUGAUUCCGUCCCAUGUCUCCCGAGCUGUAUGAAGAUCGAUAGCAAGGGGGAUCUGCACAGCAAGCACACGAGGGAUUUUAAUUGGACGUUGAACGACUACAUCGUGAGCCUCCGCUCGGAGCUCAGGACCUGGAGGAAAGUCUACUGGAGACUCUGGGGGGACUGUCAUUUUUUAAACUGCAGACAAUGCAACACGCAUUUCCCGAUCAAUCAGAUGGACUGGUGCAGCUAUCACCCGGACAAUCCUCAGUUCUUCGUGAAUGAGCAGCAGAGGGCUUCUUCAUUCCCUCUGGGGCGGUACCCCUGCUGCAGUCAGAGGGCCUAUCGAUUCGAGGCUUUACCGAACAGGGAUGGCUGUCGAUGCAGGGAACACAUACCUUCAAUUUCAGUGGACAACGACGGCCACGUGUUGAAUAUCUUCACGAUGUACAGGGAGGUGAUAUCCCAGGAUCCACCGCAGAGGUUCUUCCCGGAGAAGAUCACGAGACUAGUUGCGAGAGACCCGUCACUCCCCUCGGGGAAACUGCUGUGCAAGGAGCCCAUGUGGUGGGACGGGAUAGAGCUGGCGCCUCCCAGGGCCAAACUGGGGCUUCUGGGGAAGCUCUGGGGCGGCCCUGGGGUCAGGAAGCCGUGUCAGGUGGAGGGGCAGAGGCACAGGAAGUCCAGGCAAUCCUCCCAGGUUGACACCUCGUCGCCCCCUUCGUCUGGGAGUGAGAGCGACGAGGAUGAGACUGGCACUGCCUGUGGGGACAGCAGCCUCGAGGAGGACUCGGGGAACAGUGACGAGUCCAGUGCAUGCCCUAUGUACAAGUCUCUGAGGAGGAGCAAACGGAAGUAUCAUUCGAUAAAAAGAAAUGAAGGUGGCAGAUGCUGGAGUAUGAAUCUAGUCGUCAGGUACAAUCAGGACAAUCAGAGAGACUUUGAAGAGCGAGCCGCCGCUCAAAUGGUCCAGCUUUUAACGAAGAGAACAUCGCCUGAAGCCACGGUGAUGCAUAAGCCGCAUAAACAUCAUGCAUGGCACAAUCAGCCACUAGGUGGUACAUAUACAAAGCUUGAGGCAGAAUUCCGCGAACAAUCGACUCAGGCAUACAAAAGUAAAAAUUCAUCCAACAGCAAAGGACCUGGACGCUCUCGCUCCUCAAAAGCUUGAGAUUAAUUUAAUUAACCAGUUAUAACCGCCUCUCAUUAAAUCGUCUUCAUGUUGGAGUAAAAAACAGGAAGAAAAGUCGUUAAGAAAAUUAAUAAAAAAUGAAUUUUUAAUUAACACAUAAAGAUAAUAAAAUUAAUAAUUCUUGUAAACAUUUUUAAAAGCAAAUUACUUAUUUCCAAAAUUCAGUUCACCCGGUGUUCCCUCAUACUAACAGCUUCAUACUAACUAACAGUUGAAUAAAAUUAUUAAUUACCGAUAAAAUAAAAUAAAUCAUUAAUUCUCAUAAAUAUCUUU